UGGCAUUUCAUCUGUCCAUCUGUUUUAUUUUCUUCUAUAGUUAUUUACUUUUCUGUACCAGUUGGAUAAUUUGAUGAUAGCUUUGUUGUAGUUGUAAUCGAAACUUCUUAAAGGUGUGCCGUUUAAAGUUUUAAGUAACAGAAUGGUGUGAAACUUCGUCUACGAGUGAACAAACAAUACAACAAAGAUAUGGAUAAAAUAAUGGAUUCGCCCGUGGAUGGAAGUCCACUGUCGGAGGCGGAGGGCUUUGCAGAGAGCGAAACUGACUACUCGAGUAUUAGGGGAAAGAUGAUACUGGUAAGUCCAACAGCUGAUGAAUAUGACCUGUUAAGGAAACAACUCUUAGAAAGGAUGGAAGCUGGAAAUGGUGAAAUUAUAUAUGAUAUUGGACAGGGCGAAGAUGGCAAAGGUUUGACGGAGGAUGAAUACAGCGCGUCAGUUGCGACGCUUCAGUCGCUGGUGAGCGGCGAGCGGGUCUCUUGCGUGGAGCUCCGCCGCUGGGACUGCGGCACUGGCCUCGUAGGACAGUAUCUGCUCAGGACUGAAUUGGACCAUACCGACUUUAUGGAGAUACGGGUUGCGGUUGUGGGUAACGUAGACGCGGGCAAGUCAACGUUGCUGGGCGUACUGACGCACGGCGAGCUGGACAAUGGACGAGGACACGCGCGUCAGCGGCUCUUCCGACACAAGCAUGAGCUCGAAAGCGGCCGGACCAGCUCCGUUGGCAAUGAUAUCCUCGGAUUUGAUAGCAUGGGUAAUGUGGUGAACAAGCCGGAUCACGGUACUCUGGAUUGGGUGAAGAUCUGCGAGAAGUCCUCCAAGGUGAUAACGUUCAUCGAUCUGGCGGGACACGAGCGGUACCUAAAGACAACUGUCUUCGGUAUGACCGGACACGCACCGGACUUCGGCAUGCUCAUGAUUGGAGCUAACGCUGGUAUAGUGGGUAUGACGAAGGAGCACCUCGGGCUGGCGCUGGCGCUGUCAGUGCCCGUGUUCGUAGUCGUCACCAAGAUAGACAUGUGCCCGCCCAACGUGCUUCAGGAUAACUUGAAGAUGCUGAUCAGGAUUCUGAAGUCAUCAGGAUGCAGGAAGGUGCCCGUCAUGGUGAAGACAAAGGAUGAUGUCAUCGUCAGCGCCACCAACUUUGUAUCUCAGAGACUGUGUCCAAUCUUCCAAGUGUCAAAUGUGACUGGUGAGAACCUGCAGCUGCUGACGAUGUUCCUCAACUUGCUGAAGACGAGAAUGCCAGCGCACGAUGACAAGCCCGCAGAGUUCCAGAUAGACGACACAUACUCUGUACCUGGUGUAGGCACAGUGGUGUCGGGUACAACGUUGGCGGGUACUAUCCGGUUGAAUGAUACACUGAUGCUGGGUCCAGACGCGCUGGGUCGCUUUGCUCCAGUAGCAGUACGCGGGAUACAUCGCAAGCGUAUGCCAGUGCCGGAAGUACGAGGUGGACAAACUGCAAGCUUCGCACUCAAGAAGAUAAAGCGGUCUCAGAUCCGUAAGGGCAUGGUGAUGGUGUCGCCGGCUUUGAACCCGCAGGCGUGUUGGCAGUUUGAAGGCGAGAUUCUCGUGCUGCAUCAUCCCACAACCAUCUCCUCUAGAUACCAGGCCAUGGUUCACUGCGGCAGUAUCCGUCAGACGGCGUCGAUACUGUCGAUGUCACGUGACUGUCUCCGCACCGGAGACAAGGCGCUGGUGCGCUUCCGCUUUAUCAAACAUCCCGAGUAUCUGAAGCACGGCCAGCGUAUGGUAUUCCGUGAGGGUCGUACCAAAGCGGUGGGCAAUGUGCUGCGGCCGGAGCCGGUGUCUGCAAUGCGUGCACCUCCCACACGUCACAAACACGACAUACAUGCGCACACGCAUUCCGCACAGCGCAGGCACAACGAUCACGACCAACAGGACAAGGAUACUGAUGUGACCGCAGCUGACUCUCCAUUCGAGGUGCAGGCGGACAAGCGCGGCGCAGGCGCAGGUGGGGGGCGGAGACCCCGCAAGCGACACGACAAGCCCGGUCAGCCCUCGCAAUCCGCUGUACCCGCCAACUGAACCCCCUCCCCCCACAUAUACCCUGCCCUCUCCAUGCUGAGUAAGCAUCGUAAGCCAGACAUCGCUGACAGCAUUC